AUGGCCAUGCCACUCGCCUUCAUGCUCACUGUACCCAACGUGGUCAUUUGCAGCGUCUCUUUCGUGGUUACGCACUGUGCUACUAUAUCUCUAGCCUUGGAGUCUGGUUUCCUCAGUUUCUUAUGGGAAUCGUGGACGGCCUACGGACUGGGACCCCGGGACUGUUGGCAGUUCCUAAUGGUGUUCGCGCUGCACAGUUCACUGUCCAUCGAAGCGCUACGCGGGAAGAAGUACUGGGGCCCGCCAACGUGUUCAGGACACAAACCCAUUUACUGGAACAACGGUUUCACCUACUACGCGCUGACGAUGGCAAUAGCCGUUUUUUUCCUCCUGGGAGAGGACCUUCCUUGCUACACGCUUUACCAAGCCCUGCCCGGUUUCACCGUUGCCCUGGUGAUCGGAGGGACUUUUGUGUCUGCCCUGCUGUUCUUAAUGGGCACGAUGGACCCUUCACCCGGAGAGUUCGGCACCACGGGAAACAUCGUGUUCGAUUUCUACUGGGGCAUCGAGCUCUAUCCUCGAAUAGGCCCCCGGUUCGACAUGAAGAUGUGGACCAACAGUCGGUUCGGCAUGAUGCUCUGGCAGCUCCUCGUUCUCGCCUGCUGGAAGGCGCAGGUGGACACGAGCGGCUGGAACUGGGCCGUGGCAGUGUCGUCCCUGCUGCAGACUGCGUACAUCGCCAAGUUCUUUUGGUGGGAAGACCUCUACAUGCAGACCAUGGACAUAACCGUGGACAGAGGAGGUUUUUACAUGUGUUGGAGCCACAUCGCUUUUGUGCCUUCAAUGUACUCACUGGCCAGCGUUUACAUGGUGGAGAAUCCAUCGGACAUGAGUCCAGCUGCGGCGGCAUUGGUUCUGGUCACUGGGAUCAUCAUGAUCUUGUCGACUUGCUGGUGUCAACGUCAAAAGCAGUUGGUCAAGGAAAAGGAGGGUGAUUGCAACAUAUGGGGCUCGCCAGCAAAAGUGAUCAAGGCAGCGUACAAAGACGCUUCUGGCAACGAUGACACUAAGUACCUUGUGGCGUCCGGGUUCUGGUCUGUAUGUCGCCACCCAAACUACGUCUUCGAAAUUCUCACGGCCCUGUGCUGGGUUCUUCCAUCGGGGAACAAAAGCGUGGUGCCGUACCUUUACGUCAUCUUCCUCGUGGGUUGGUUCGUUUACCGAACGCACCGCUUCGAGAGGCUGUGCGCAAAGAAGUACGGAAAGUACUGGACAGAGUACUGCUCUUUAGUCAAGUAUAGAAUCAUACCUCGCGUAUUCUAA